AAAGCAUUAAUAAGCUGCAAAAAUAUAGAAAAGCAAUCCACCUAUCAGCUUUUACCGUAAAUCUAUAUGCCAGUUAGAGAAUCCAUUUUCCUUUUGUUUUUCUUUCCUUUUGUUUUUUUUGUCUUUUUUUUUUUUUAUGGUUUUCCUCGUGUUCAUCUUCAUCAUGUGGUGCUGAUCCACGCAUCAACCAUAUGAAAUUAAUAAAAUAAUGAUAAUUAUUAAAAAAACAAAGGGUUUAAGAUAAGCGCUUGCGUUUCUGUCAUAAAUAAGUUUAAUUAUUUAGAAUUUAAUGUUUUGUGUAACUGAGUAGUUUACUUUAAUCUUUUGGUCCUCCUUUUCUCAAUCUGUCUGGGGUUUGAGGCAGAGAAAGAGAGCAUGGCUUCAACGCUGUUAUUGGUUGUCGUGUUUGUGUUUGAUCUGAUUGCUUUUGCGCUUGCUGUUGCUGCUGAGCAGAGAAGGACUACUGCAAAGGUAGCACAAGGUGCUACUUACAACUAUUGUGUAUAUGACAAAGAUAUUGCAACGGGCUUAGGUGUGGGAUCAUUUGUGUUCCUCUUUGCAAGCCAAGCACUUAUAAUGGUGGCAAGCCGAUGCUUGUGCUGUGGGAAGGCCUUAAGACCCAGCGGCUCUAGGUCAUGUGCAAUUGCCCUAUUUAUUACUUGCUGGGUCUGUUUUGUUAUUGCUGAGUCAUGCUUGCUUGGGGCUUCGGUGACAAAUGCCUACCACACGAGGUACACAGUCGAAUUAGAAAAGCCUAUUUCAUGUGAGAAAGUAAGAAAAGGAGUCUUUGCUGCUGGGGCUGCAUUUGUCGUCUUAACAGGCAUAUUGUCCGAGAUCUAUUAUGUUAGUUAUUCCAAAGCGAAUGAUGGUCAGGGAACCUAUAGUAGAGACACUGGGAUUACAAUGGGAAAUCUAUAGGCUUUUAGCGGAUCAUGAGCUGAGGAAAAAGCUGAGAUAUGUUCUACUUGACUCUCAUAUGUGUGUUUCGAAUACAGGACACUGGAUAUGAACAAGAUUCGAUUUAUGUAUGAUAAGGAGUUUAAUUAGGUGACGAUUCUACUUGUUACUUUCAUUUUUUCUUAAAGUUUGUGAAUAUUAGGAGGAUGACUCUUUCAACCAUUGGACUGUAACCCAGCUCUUAUGGCCAAGUGCAGCCACUCAUAAACUUUUACCCUUCAAAUUGGAGGAAAUAUUCCCCUGA